CCAGCAGCCGUCAGUUCACAGCAAAAGGUAGCAGCGUAAGCUGGCAAAAGCUGCUCCGGCUGAAAAUACACUCUGGACUGUGCGUGUGUGCUGUGCUACCUGUUCUUUUGUUUGCUGAGCGUUUCCUCCGAUAAUAAUUGUUGAUUUGUCAAUACUUGUCGCAAAGGAAUUAUAUAACGCUCAAUACCCUUGAAUACAUACUCGCAAAAGCAUAUUAGACCUGACCAUGAGCCCCCUACCCCGAGUCAACAUAGACGAACCGAAAUAUGAUCAGAAUGCGUAUUUGGGAAGGGUCAAGCACUUCUUCCUGCUGACCAACCCGCUGAAUGUUCUGGCCUCCGCCUCUAAAUUGGAAGAAGCUCGCCAGAUCGUGCUGAAGUAUCGCGCUGGCAAGGAUGUUCCGGAGUGUAAGACAAUUGACGACGUGUGGCGCGCCAAGUACCUGUACGAUUCCGCUUUCCACCCGGAGACGGGCGAGAAGCAGAUAGUCAUAGGGCGCAUGGCUGCGCAGAUGCCCAUGAACACCAUAAUCACCGGCGGAAUGAUGGCAUUCUACAAGAGCACUGCCUCUGUUGUCUUCUGGCAGUGGUUCAAUCAGACAUUUAACGCUAUAGUAAACUACACGAACCGUUCGGGCACCUCGCCCAUCAGUCAGCCACAACUGAUCACCUCUUAUUGCCUGGCGACCAGCGGAGCCUUGGUCACGGCCCUGUCUCUAAACAGGGCGGUGAAAAAUAUGAAUCCACUAUUGGGCCGCCUGGUCCCCUUAGUGGCAGUCGGAGCGGCAAACUGCAUCAACAUCCCAUGUAUGAGAAUGCAGGAGUUGCGGAACGGUGUUACGUUACUGGAUGAGGGCAACAACGAAAUGGGCGUCUCCAAAAAAGCUGCUGUUCUGGGUAUCUCGGCCGUUAUCCUUAGUCGAAUCGCCAUGGCUAUACCAGGAAUGACUCUAACGCCGGUGCUUAUGAAUACGCUCGAGAAGAGGGGAUUUUUGGCCAAAUACCCCAGGUCCAACGCCCCUAUUCAAACGCUAUUUUGCGGUUUCGUGUUGAUUUUCGCCACGCCCCUCGGCUGCGCAUUCUUUAAACAGCGAGCAGCCAUCAAGGUGGACAGUCUGGAGUCGGAGGUGCGUGACAGCAUCAAGAAGAAACGUCCGGAUUUGGAAACCGUCUGGUUCAACAAGGGCCUGUGAGCCUUUGAAUUUUUCGAGCUUAACGAAGACAAUAUUGUUAUUUAUUUACUCACCUUGCAUUUAUUAGUAUUUUGCCUAUUGAGUUUCGUAUGAAAUACUCAUGUUUUUUUUGAACGCACAAUUUUAACCGUUCAGAGCAAGGCGGUAGGGAUUGAGUUACACAGCGUAAAUGUAAAAGAUAUCAAAAUAAAUCAUGUUAACUGUUAAA